ACUACCUAAAUAUAAACAAUAUGGCAGAUAAAGUGGAUAUAAUAUUGUACGUAAAAAACAACAUCUAAUGAAUCAAUACUUUAACGAUGCGCCGUCGCAACAUUUGUAUGCGUAAUUAGGCGAUUAGCCUUUUCAACUAUACUGUUCAAAUAUCUCUAUCUUAAAAAAUGUCAACCGAAAAGAUCCUUUAUCAGUUACAUCAACCUCACGGUACCGGUACUGUGUUUAUUACUUGGCGCCCUGGUAAUAGUACACAUUUAGCAACUACUGGCUACGAUUCCUCGGUUGCUAUUUUUGAUAGACAAGGUGAUUUACAAGAUCGUAUUCAAAUUCUUGGUUUAUGUACUGGUUUUGGAUGGGAUUCCGAUGGAGACUUACUAGCUAUUAUAUCACAAAAUUCUUCUACUAUCACAUUAUGGGAUGCAACAACUGGGAAAAAAUCACAAAUAGAUGCUGGUGUAAGAGAUGGUUUGACAUGUAUAAUGUGGGCAAAAAGAAGCUGCUUGUUAGCUGUGGGAACUCAGAAAGGAAAUUUGGUACUUUACGAUCAUAUAAAUGCCAAGAGAAUACCAAUUUUGGGAAAACAUAAAAAACGUAUAACCUGUGGUGCUUGGUCUUAUGAAGGUCUUCUUGCUUUGGCAAGUGAAGACAAAGUUUUAACUAUUAGUACAAGUGAUGGAGAUACACAUCGUGAAAUACCACUUCAAGGUGAUCCAUCUGAUAUUCAGUUUAACGAAAUGAAGAUGGAUCACAGGAUCGGGGGUGAAAAUACAGUAUCUCUCAUUAUUAGUAAAACCACUUUAUUUCUAUAUAAUAUUUUGGAUCCAGAGAAUCCUAUUGAAUUAGCUUUUCAAAAACGUUAUGGUCCUAUUAUUACUUAUAAAUGGUAUGGUGAUGGUUAUAUCUUAGUUGGUUUUGAAACUGGGUAUUUUACUGCAAUAUCCACGCAUAUUAAGGAGGUUGGUCAGGAACUUUUCCAAGUUAAAAAUCAUAAAGAUUCUUUAACUGACUUAGCCAUUAGUCAGGUAAUUGGAAAAAUUGCUACAUGUGGAGAUAAUACUAUAAAAAUACAUAGUCUACAGAAUUUAGAGGAAACUGAACAAUUAAUCACCAUAAGUGGUGAAACUGGAAUUACCAAAGUGGAAUGGUCAACGGAUGGAUCAAUGAUAGCAGCUGUGACUUAUACCGGCAACGUUUUAGUCUACUUAAUACAAAUUCCAAAAUUAUUUAGCGUUUGUGGAAAUAAAAUAGCUUUACUUACCAGUUUAACAGAAGUUGCAGUAAAUUUCUACAUGUUAGACAAGGAGAACCCAGAACCAAUAACAAUUAAUACUAUAAUAGAACCAUCGGUAUUAGCAGUAGGUCCUAUGCAUGUGACAGUGGGUUUAAAUAAUAGGGCACUGUUUUGGGACAUAUCUGAAAAUUCUUACAACACUACAGUGCAUUUUGAACGAGAUUAUUUAGCAACAAUAGAUAGUAUUCGAUUGAAUGAAACUUAUGUCUCCGUUUUAUUUGAUGGAAAAUUACAAUUGCACUCGAUUAAAGUGGACCAAUUUUUAACAAAGGAAGGAAAAGAUACAAAAAUGUUUCCAGACUCAAAUGCUUCAGAUUUUAGAAUAACGUGCCAUGCUCUCAGCACAGAUUUUUUUAUCUAUGCAAGUGAUAUGGGCCACAUCAUCUACUUUUGCCUAGAAGUGUUUAAUCAGUGUACAGAGUAUAUACACAAUACUGGCAUAAAGGAAAUCUAUCUAGAUGCAAAUGGGACACAGUUGUGUUUUAUAGAUAAUAAAUCUGAUGCUUAUGUAUAUAGUCCUAUGCAAGAGAUCGUUUUACAAAUUCCUGAUUGUCCAGAUUACAUACAGGGGAUAAUUUGGGAUCAGAAUAUUUUAGAACGUAAUAUAUUCGCUGUAUACAAUAAAAGUAUUAUUGUUACGUACAUAUUUGUAAAAUAUUUUAUCAAAGGUACUAAGAUCGUAAAAAUUAAUACGACAAAACUACCAUCUGAAACAGUACCGCUAUUGAUGUAUUCCGGAGAAUUAACAUUAAGUUCAGUAAGUAAUAAGUUGAUUCAAAUUACACUAUCUUCGCACGAAGAUAUUGGAAAUGUUGUGGAAUCUACAAAAUGUAAAGAAGUUUUGGAAAAUCAACUUCUUUCUAGAAGAUUUCAACAAGCAUGGAACACUUGUGAGAAAAUUAACGAAAAAGAAUCAUGGUUAAAAUUAGGAGAGAGUGCAAUUGUAAACUUAAAUAUUAAUUUUGCCAUUCGUGUAUAUCGUUAUAUAGAAGAUGCUUCGAUGGUUUGGGCAUUACAAAACAUAGAAAAUAUAGAUGAAUUAUCAUUAUUAUGUGGCCAUGCAUGUAUCUUGCUUGGCGAUUAUAAUCAGGCAGAACAAUUUUUUUUGCAAUCUUCAGAGCCAGUGCAAGCACUAUAUUUAAGAAGGGAUUUGAUGCAGUGGGAACAAGCACUGAAUUUAGCUCUAAAGCUGAAAGCUGAUGAAAUUCCUUACAUUGCUAGAGAAUAUGCUCAACAAUUGGAAUUUACAGGUAAUUAUCCAAAAGCUUUAACAAACUAUGAACGCGGAUUAGUAGAUUCUAAUACUUUAUCUCACACGACUAUACAUAAUCCGCACCAUCGCAAUCUCUGUCUUGCUGGAAUUGCGAGAAUGUCUAUUAGAUGUGGUGAUAGUAGAAGAGGCGUGAGCAUAGCUAUGGAUAAUGAAAGUUCGCGACAGUUGCGAAAAGAAUGUGCUGAAAUUUUAGAAACAAUGAAGCAAUUUAACGAAGCUGCACUAUUAUAUGAAAAAACUGAAUAUUUUGACAAAGCAGCAUCAGCAUAUAUAAAAUUAAAGAACUGGCAGAAAGUGGGACAACUUUUGCCGCAAAUAUCAUCCGCCAAGAUUAAUAUACAAUACGCGAAAGCUAAAGAAGCUGAAGGCAGAUAUGAAGAAGCAGCUAAAGCAUACGAGUCUGCAAAAGAUUAUGAAAAUAUAAUUAGAAUUAAUUUAGAAUAUUUAAACAAUCCCGCGCGAAGCGUAGAAGUGGUACAACAAACUAAAAGUAUAGAAGGAGCUAAAUUGGUUGCAAAAUAUUUUCAAAAAAUGAAUGACUAUAAUUCAGCGAUUAAGUUUUUAAUCUUAUCGACUUGUCACGAUGAAGCUUUUCAAUUAGCUAAUCAACAUGGGAAAAUGGAAUUGUAUGGAGAAAUUUUGUUAAAUACAGUCGACGAUAGCAACGCACGGAAGGAAGACUUCAGAAGUCUUGCAAUGCAUUUCGAAUCUCAGAAGAAUAAUCUUUUGGCAGGAAAAUAUUAUUUUCACGCUAAGGAAUAUCAGAAGGCAUUGCGGCAUUUAUUGAAAGCUGCACAAUUAAUGACAGACGAAGAUGAGGUCUUCACAUUAGCAAUCGAUACAGUUGCUUCGUCAAAAGAUGACAAACUUGCGAAUCAGCUGAUAGAUUUCUUAUUGGGUGGAGACGGUUUGCCAAAGGAUCCGAAGUAUCUAUUCCGACUCUACAUGGCUAGAAAACAAUAUAGAGAAGCUGCAAAGACAGCGGUUAUAAUUGCAAACGAAGAACAAACUAGUGGAAAUUACAGAAAUGCCCAUGACGUUUUGUUUAGCAUGUAUCAAGAAUUAAAGAGGAAUAAGAUCAAUAUACCGUUAGAGAUGCAAAAUAAUUUAAGACUUUUGCAUUCGUAUAUUCUCGUUCGACUUCACGUAAAAAAAAGUGAUCAUUUACGUGGUGCUCGUAUGUUAAUAAGGGUAGCCAACAAUAUUUCGAAAUUUCCAUCACAUAUCGUUCCAAUAUUGACUUCUACUGUAAUAGAGUGUCAAAGAGCUGGAUUAAAAAAUGCAGCGUUUAAUUUUGCUGCUAUGUUAAUGCGCCCAGAAUACAGGAAUCAAAUUGAUGCUAAAUAUAGUAAAAAAAUUGAAGCGAUCGUAAGAAAACCGCCAAGAUCAAAAGAUAAUGAAAUUGAAGAUGAACCUUUAACACCGUGUCCUUUUUGCAAGAGUAAACUUCCUGAAACCGAGAUUACCUGUGAUAAGUGUAAAAAUGCGAUACCUUUUUGUAUAGCUACAGGACGACAUAUCGUUGAAGAUGAUUUUACGACGUGUCCACAAUGUGAUUUUCCUGCCAUAAGAAGUGAAUUUAUACGGAUCGUCGAGUCUGAAGGAACAUGUCCAAUGUGUUCGGAAAAAGUAGACGUUAACAUGAUUUCGUCUACACUUAACGUCCGUCCUUAUCUUGAUUUUCAAGAUGAAAAAAUGUCAGGGAAAGCUUAAUCGUUUUUAUUUGUAUGUAUAUAUCUUUUUCCAAUUUGAACCAAUAUUUUCCUUUUAAUUACGAGAUUGUAUCAUAUAUAUUCUAUAUGAUGUAGAUAAACAUCAUUCAUUUAAAGUGCAAAAUACGUAACCAUUGAAUUAUCCUUAUGAAACGAUGCCGUCCUAUAUAAGUACAAUGCAAUUGAGUACAAGUAGUUUAUUAUACAUAUAGUGUUGUAGACUAUCUAUGAAAGUUGUGCACAAGUCGGAGUGCCCCCCACACAAAGAAAUGUAAUACGUAGUUUUGUCGUCAAUAAACUAGUCUCAAGCAUU